AACCCCGGGAGAGUACCCAGUUCACGCACUAGCCCCACCCAUUGGCCCCGCCCAGGCCAAUCAGAGUCCGGAACGAAUUCCCGGGCCGCUGGGUAGUGCUGUUCCCCAGCCGCUCAACUCCGCCUUGGAGAACCGAGAUCGGGGCGGGUUUUGGGGGAGACCAGAAUAGCUCCGCCACGAGAUAGGCCUCAAAGGGGACAGAAACCCCAAGGAGGCUAGAAACGUGAAGAGAGAGAAGGGAAAGAAAAGAGGAACCUGGGGAGGAGGGAACGGUGGCGGUAUACAGAGACCCCAGAAGCAGAGACGGAGAGCAGAGACCUGGAGAGAGACAGAAGGGAGCGGGGGAAUAGAGAUACGGGGACUCAGAGGCCCGGAAAACGGGGGGCGCUCAGAGCCCGGCAGAGACCCCGGCCCGAAGGGGGCUGGAGUAAGCCCGAGGCACAGAAAGACAUGGAGAAAAGGGAGGGGAGAGCCGAAGGCCGGAGGGAGAUACCAAGACUGUCCAACACCCCCCCCCCCCACUGCUCCCGAUUUGGGCCCCAGGACCCCUUCCUCCUGGGCCCGGCUCGGGAAGGCACCUGGAACAGGUUCUCGCGGAAGUACACUACAUGAGUAUGCUCCCGCUGAAUGCCAGCCUCGGGCCCAGACCGUGGACUCCGAAAGCCUAGGUUUUGGAAGGAAGGAAUUGGGGGGCGGGGCGUGUCUCCCCGUCUAACGUAUCGGACAAAAAACUACAACCCUCACCAAGCACUAGGGCCUCCGCUUCGAGAAGCAAGCUUCCCGGCGUGCAAAGGCCGAUGGGAAAUGUAGUUUUCCGAGUCCGUUGUUGCCAGGGGCGGAGCCUCUCGGAAUUUACCUCUCCAUGCACACGUCUCCACCCCAAAUUUUCUAACCAAGUUGCUCCCUAGGUUGAGGCCCUAAACCCUAAUCCGAUGCGCUGUGCCAAGGGCGGGGCAACAUUUGCAUACCGGCGCUCCCGGCUCGCCUGCGAGUUGGGUGGACUCUUGGGGCAGUGGGGGGGAGUUGUCCUAUGGACUCUGCUGACCGCUAGAAGGGUCCAGAGCUACAGCCAAGUGGGAAGGAGGGACCCCAGGUGCCCGAGUACCCCAGCCCGGAAUUAGAAUGGGCCCAGGGAUCUCCACUUCCUGCGACUCGCUCACAGUGCCCCUUCCUCCCGAUGCCGCGCACCCCAGCUCCCCCGCCCACCACCCAACCACCCAGCCGGGUCAUGGCCAAGAGCAAGCCGCUGAUCCUGCCCUGGCUGCGGGAGCAGCUGGACUCCGGGCUUCUGGGCGCGCACUGGCUCAAUGAGGAGCGCACCCUCUUCUUCAUCCCCUGGAAACACGGGCUCCGCGAGGACCUGCAGGAGGAGGAUUUCCGCAUCUUCCAGGCAUGGGCGGUGGCCAGCCGCAGCUAUCGGCCUGGCAUCGAUGUGCCCGACCCGGCCACGUGGAAGCGGAAUUUUCGGGCAGCCUUGGACCGCAAGAGGAACCUGCGAGUGGUCAGCAACCACAGCCGGGACCGGCACAACCCGCACAAGAUCUACGAGUUCUUGCCGGGGGAUGGGGAGGGCGGCAGCCCCGAGGACCAGGAGGACCCUUUCCAGGACCUGAUGAAGACCCUGACGCUGCAGCCGCCGCCUGACUUCCAAGAGGGUAGGCCCCAGUGGAGGCCGCAGCCUUGCCCCAGGCAUGAAGGCGCUCACCCCAUGCCAACCGUCUCCCUUGGUUGUCCUCCAGCAUUCAGCCCCAACUCUGUUCUGGAGCAACCUCCGCAGACACCAGAACCAGCCCUGUCCAGCAACCCCCUGAUGCCACUUUUUGCCAGCGACCUCCCAUCCGAGUAUGAGGUGACAGCCUUCUACCGGGGCCGCCAAGUCUUCCAGAAAUGCCUUUCUUGCCUCAGAGGCCUCAGGUUGGUAGGACCGGGCCCUGAGGCCGAGGCCUGCACAGAGCUGGAGGGAACGCCACUGGGCCUGCCUGAGCCCAGCAGUCACCUCUCUGACAGGAGGGUAGCACAUUACAUCAGCAGGGUGCUGGGCAGCCUGGGGGCUGGGCUAGCCCUGUGGACCUCCCAGACUGAAUUGAGGGUACAGCGCCUGGGCCACUGCGGGGCCUAUUGGGCUCUGGGUGGGCAGGCAUCCCCUGGGGCCACAGGCAGGGAAGUGACCAAGAACAGAGAUGGCCAGCAAGUCUUCCACAGUCCACGGUUCAUCAACGACCUUAUCGCCUUCCUGGACGGCAGUCACCGCUCACCACAGUACACUCUCUGGUUCUGCCUAGGAGAACCUUGGCCCACAGAGUCACAGCCAUGGACCAAGAAGCUUGUCAUGGUCAAGGUGGUGCCUACAGCACUGAGGGCACUCCAUGAGAUGGCCCAGGCAGGGGGAGCGUCCUCACUGCAGGAGGAGGUGGACCUGCACAUCUCGAGCAGCCUCUCUCUCUCGCUGGCCCCCGCCCGCCUGCAUGGCUACCUGCAGGAGCUGGCCCACAGCAUGCAGUGGGAGUCUGGGGCUCCCUGCUGAGCCAGCCCGGUCUGAGGCCUGGCCACAGGCCUGGCUCCAGUCUCAGGGACCCCAGCACAAACCACCCGCACCUCUUUCUCUGAGCAUGUGCCUUCCCUGCAAAAUAAAAGAUCUGACACCGUG